GAUGGGUUAAUAGAAAUGGGUGGAAAGCGAAAAUCUCAUCCACACCAUAGGGAGGUAGUACAAAAUACAAAUGGCAAAAACAUACAACAAGCAAGCAAGCAGUGACAAAACAAAUCGCAACAUGACAAAGUUAAGCUCAAAGCCGAGCAAGAACUACAACGGUGUGUGUUAAACGAGCGCGGGAAUAAAACGAAUAGAAAAUAAAAGAAAGAAGAAAACGGAAUUUAGAUGACAGCCAAUGAAUUCUUUAUUUAGUUUGAGUGCAAAAAACCGCAGAAUUAUUGUUUUUGUGAUGCAGUACGGCACAGAAAGUCGUGAAUGUUAAAAUCUACCAUAUGAGUGUGUUUGUGUGAGUGUAUGGGGAAAAGCCAACAAAAAAAACGAAGCAGUAGCCAACAAACAACAGGCAGGCAGGCGGCAGGCUGACAGCCGUGCAAAGAAGCAAAGACAAGCAAAUCAAUGCAGGAUAAUACAAAGCUCUAGUUGAACAUUUUUCCCAGAGCAGCAGUUGUCAAUGUGAAUGAGGAACAACAAAACACAUGAGAAAAAUCACAACAAAGAAAGAUUUGAAAUACAAAUCUCAGAACUUGGAAACAUUUUAAGCCACAACGAAACCUUGGGGCCUGCUGGAGAGAAAAACUUAACACAUUUAAGGAUAUUGCUUCAAAACGUCGUCGCCGUCGCCGCAUCCCAGCCGAAUGAAAAUGGAAAAAACUCCCCGUUACACACAGCGGGAGCGUAACAUGGUCUUGGGCUAUGCCGCCCAGUACAAGGACAUCAUCGAAAACAAACGCACCGAUGCCGAAUCGAAUCGCAAAAAGGACGAGGUAUGGCGUCAAAUCGCCAAGGAAUUCAAUGCUCGCGUCUAUCAUCAGCGUUCGUCGAAGCAAUUGCGUCAGCUGUAUAAAAACAUGAAACUGCUGCUGAAAAAGGAUCUGUGCGGCGAGGGUAAGGGUAAUCGCACCUUUAUGGAUCUGCUCAACACCAUAUCGCAGCAGGAGUCGGUGGCCCAAUACAUAUCGGAGCAAAUGUCACCGAAUGGCUAUAGCAAUGGUGGGGGCAGCAGUGGCCGACAAAAGUAUGAGGAUGAUUUUGAUGAUUCAAAGUUUUUACCAUUUCAGCAUCCGGCUCUCAAUUACGAUGGCAUGGAUCACGAUGUCAUUGUAAUUAAAUCGGAAGAUAUCAGCGACAAUGAGCACUCGAACAAUGGCGAGGCCAUGGACGAGGAUGACGAUGAUGAUUGCAUUAGUCCCAAGGAUAUUCCCGAGGUGUGUCUGGAGGAGGAGGAUGAGGAGUUGUUUGCCACCGAUUUGAGGCAACAACAACAACAGCAGCAGCAACAACAACAACAGCAGCAGUCACAAAAUCAACAAAACUCAAAACAGCAACAACAACAAAUGUCACAGAAUUCAAAUUCCCCCCAGACAAAUGGUGGCACCCCCUUGGCCCAGCAGCCGGAGAUUACCAUACAAAAUAUUGGCGGCAUAAGGGUGGGCAGUAUAGGCAGCAUGGCCAAUAUGAAGGCCUUGGCCAAUUCCCUGAAUAACAAUAACAACAACAACAAUAAUAGCAGUAGUGGGAACAACAACAACAACAGCACAACAAAUGCCUCGCUCAGCAUAACCCCGCACACAACAAAUGGUGGCACAAAUAAUGCCGCCCAAACCUUGAAUCUACGCCAAGCCGAACAACAGCUGCUGCUGAGUGGCCUGGGUUUGAAUCCCGUCAAUUCCAUGGAAACCAACUCCCCACGCCUGCCCAAUCUCACACGAGGAGGCAUUGCCUCUGGAACGGCGACCAAUGGCCCUGCCUCAACGGCAACAAAUCACCUGCAAGCCCCCAACCUGCAUAACCACCUUACGCACCAUUCCUCCACGCAACAGCUGUUGCUGAACAUCAAUGGCCUGGCGGCGGCGGCAGCUGCAGCCGGGGGUUCACCCUUUACCCCACCUGGCAAGAAUUAUGGCCAUCAGCAGCAUCAGUCACAUCAUCACCAGCCCCGACAAACCUCCACCCCCACCAGUGGCAGUCAGAAAAAUGCCCAAAACGAUUACUUUAUGCUGGGCAUAGAGGAGCGGAAGCUAAAGAUAGAGCUGCUCAAUGCCCAGAUAGACUACUGGAAGAAACUGACCAAGAAGUUGGAUGAGAACCCAGGGCACUCGCCAAAUCCAGCCUGUAUGUGUCAUUUUCCCGGCAAAGCCAAUGGCGUACAGACUCCCUCAUCCACCAGCUAGGAGGAGGUGGAGGAGGAGGAGGUGAUGGAGGAGCAGGAGCAACAGGAUUUGAAUGAGCCAGAGGAGGAGGGUGGGCAAGCAGAUGAACCCCACCAUGGGGUAACACCCAAUCUCUUGAGGCCUUUAAAUUAUGAUGGAAUACAAGUCAUGGAUCCCCCCAGGGCCUUGGGAACCUUGAGGGAAAAUCUUCCCAACAACAGCAGUAGCAGCCGCAGCUCUAGCCAAAAGUUCAAAAGAAAUAACAAAAAUUUAGAAAUUGUAGAUGUAAGUCAGACCAUACAAUGGCAUGAAAUCAUUGAGGAUGAGGAGGACGAGGAGGACGAGGAGGAUGAAGAGGGCAAAAAUGAGACUCAGAAUGGUUCUUCUCCACCAGGUCAAGGGGAUUUGGUGCAGCAACAAGAGGAGGAUGACGAUUUUGAACAAGAGGUACGCAAAAUAUUACAAAGCAAACGGCGACGAAAAAGAUCAAAAAGGAAUUGAAAAAUUUUAGGGUUUUUUUUUGAAAAAGACUGAAAGUGAAUUAAACGCAAAA